UCUGUAGCAAGAGGUCGGCCGGUUGGCAGACGACCUCGCCAUGUUAAAUGGGAAUAUAAAUACAUGUUAAGACACGAUCCUCGGGUCCUUUUAAUUCAUCAUGCAAUGCAAAAGUUGCUUUAGUUUGGUUUGUUUGUUGGUUGGUUUAAAGCAAAAGUAUCUGAGAUGCAUGUUACGUGUUGACCCAGCCGCAUGUCGCCCGCUGAGGUGCACGAACUUGAUCUAACGCAUUAAAGCGUGAAGCCGAUAUGAUCCGCAGCGUCACGACACACCGCAACUUCGAGGGCGCCUCGAUCGCGACUUAGUGUGCACCGAUUCAUUUGCAUCCUUGGAAGCAGAGCUUCCUUAGCUUUUGCAAUAGCAACCCCUUGCAGGGAUACAGAAAACUGAAAGGUUUGACUAGGAAUCAGGGCAGACAGCAGACCAGUCCACCGUGACCGCGAUGCCGUCCAACAAGUACGCAACUAUCACGGAGGAGGGCAACGACAUGGCGGCCACCGCGGCAGUGAAUGCUGACACAGCGACGCCCGACAUCCUGUCAGAGAAUGACUGCCAUGUGAAGCUGACCAAUGAGAACAGCCCUCUGGCGGCCGCGGAACCGCCCUCCCCCUUCAGUCCCAAACACAACGGAGAUGCCGCCUCACCGCAAGAUAACCAGUGUCCAGGAGGAGUUCGGAAGAGGAAGAGGAAGAGCGCAGAGACCGAGAACAGCUGGGACUCCUCCUACAGCCAGGAUAAGACCCCAGAGGUGGCUGCCGGUCCUCCGUCAGGUCCUCCGUUGAGUCUCAGACAGACCCCUCGUCCCAGGACCAUCUACCAGGCAGGCCUCACUGCCGGGACCCCCAACAAGACCCGCAGACACCACCCCAAAUCACACAUACACACACCUCAGGGCCGGGGUCUGGUCACCGUGUGUAUGCCCAUCCCUGAGGCCCCAAACCCAGAGGUGAUGGAGGCUGACUCCAAGGACUCAGCCCAGAGCACCACCACCACCAGCAGCAGCAGCCAGGAACCCCAGGCUGAGUACAAGGACAACAAGGGUUUCGGCAUCGGGGAGCUGGUGUGGGGGAAGAUCAAGGGCUUCUCCUGGUGGCCCGGCAUGGUGGUGACGUGGCGUGCCACCAGCAAGCGGCAGGCCACCCACGGCAUGCGCUGGCUGCAGUGGUUCGGAGACGGCAAGUUCUCAGAGGUCUCGGCUGAUAAACUGGACUCCAUCACGGCCUUCCCCAAGUUCUUCAACCCGUCUUCGUACACCAAGCUGGCUUCCUACAGGAGGGCCAUCUUCCAGGCGCUGGAGAUGGCCAGUAUCCGGGCAGAACAGGCCUUUCCGGUGUGUACCUCAGACAACCCAGAGGACCAGGUGAGACCCAUGCUGGACUGGGCCACCGGAGGGUUCCUGCCCAAGGGCGAGGACGGCCUCAAACCCACACACAACGCAGAGAGCAAGCUGUUGGACCACCAGGUUCUGGACGUGUCCCUACCCGAGUGUUUCCCCAGCACUAAGAAGCCCAGGAUGAGUCUGCUGAAGGCCAAGAGCGCCCCCGAGGAGGUCUUCAGCAGAGAAAAUAUGGUGAAUGAAGUCCUGAAGAAUAAACAAAGUAUUGAAGAGUUCUGUCUCUCUUGCGGGAAGACGAAGGCGGUGACCUUUCACCCUCUGUUUGAAGGCGGCCUCUGCCAGGCUUGCAAGGACGUGUAUUUGGAGAUCUCCUACAUGUACGACGACGACGGCUACCAGUCGUACUGCACCAUCUGCUGCGGAGGGAGAGAAGUGCUGCUCUGUGGAAACGCAAACUGCUGCAGGUGUUUCUGUGUGGACUGUCUGGACAUCCUGGUGGGGCCCGGCGUGUCCAACAGCGCCCGCUACCUGGACCCGUGGCGCUGCUACAUGUGUCAGCCGCUCUUCAGCUACGGCGUGCUGAAGAGGAGGCACGACUGGACCCUCAAGCUGCAGGAGUUCUUCAUCAACGACAACGGGCAGGAGUUUGAGAAGCCGCGGAUCUACGCUGCUGUCCCCGCAGAGCAGAGACGGCCCAUCAGAGUGCUGUCUCUGUUUGACGGCAUCGCCACCGGCUACCUGGUCCUGAGAGAUCUGGGCUUCAAGGUGGACCAGUACGUGGCGUCGGAGGUGUGCGAGGACUCCAUCUCGGUGGGCGUGGUGCGGCACGAAGGGAAGAUCCAGUACGUCCACGAUGUCCGCAACAUCACCCGGAAAAAUAUUGAAGAGUGGGGGCCGUUUGACCUGGUGAUCGGGGGAAGCCCCUGUAACGACCUGUCAAUCGUCAACCCAGCCAGGAAGGGACUCUACGAAGGAACGGGGCGACUGUUCUUCGAGUUCUACCGCCUGUUGAGUGAGGCCCGGCCGAAGGAGGGCGAUAACCGCCCCUUUUUCUGGAUGUUUGAGAACGUUGUUGCCAUGGGAGUGAACGACAAGAGGGACAUUUCACGCUUCCUGGAGUGUAACCCAGUCAUGAUCGAUGCUAUUGAUGUUUCUGCCGCCCAUCGAGCCCGCUACUUCUGGGGAAAUCUGCCGUGUAUGAACAGGCCCCUCUGUGCGUCUGGGAUGGACAAGUUGGAGCUGCAGGACUGUCUUGAACACGGCAGGUUGGCCAAGUUUGGGAAGGUUCGUACUAUCACGACCCGUUCUAACUCCAUCAAGCAGGGGAAGGACCAGCACUUCCCAGUCAUGAUGAAUGGGAAGGAGGACAUCCUGUGGUGCACCGAGCUGGAGAGGAUCUUCGGGUUCCCCGUCCACUACACCGACGUGUCUAACAUGGGCCGCAGCGCACGGCAGAAGCUAUUGGGCCGGUCCUGGAGUGUGCCGGUCAUCAGGCACCUGUUUGCACCCCUCAAAGACUAUUUUGCCUGUGAAUAGACCAAACUGAGCCCCAAACGGUUCUCUAAGCAAACACGUAUACCAGCAGACACAUUCCCACGCACACAUUACUACACUAUUCCCAUCACUACACAGCACAGUAUUAAAUACUAGAAGAGUACUGAGUCAAGUACUGUUAAGCUCAGCAGAGCAGCAUCAUUUAAACUGAAAAGAGAAUUGAUUGAGGAAGGGGGGAGGAAGAGUGCUAACUCUCCUUUGGAGUAAUACCAACAUCACUUUUGUCCUGCUUUCUCGUUGGCUUCUCCUUCCGUCUCUUGAGUUAUAUAUUGGGGAUCAUGAUCACAUGAUGGCAAUCUUUAACCUUUUGCAGACAGAAUUAUACAAUUUUAUACUGUCUUUACAUUUAGCGAACAAGAAAAUAGCUCAAGUUUGUGGCUGAUUCUCAACCAAAACGUACUGAUUGUUUUGGAAGUUUAACCAAAGCCUUUUUUUGUUUUUAGAGGGUUUCAUUCAAAGAAUCGUGUUACUCUGAGUGCUUAAAAGAGUUUUUCAAAGAAAAAUAGAUUACAAAGAAAGUGUGUAGAUUCAAGUACUUAUAUAUUUAAUAUGUUUGAUUUUUCGAGUGAAAAAUAACCAAAAAAACUGGAAAAAGACAUUGAUGGCAUAUUUCGACUAAAGCGCUUUAAUAUUUUCAUACGAUAGUUACAAGCAAUAUUUGCCAUUUUAUUACAUCUCUUGUUGUCAACACUGUUCAUGGGCAUUUUUUCUAUAUUUGCAGUAGAGAAUAGUUAUAUUUACAUUACAUUUAUAUCAUUUUAUGACCUGUAGCUGACAAUUUCCUUUGUCAUAUACCCCUUAAGCAAGAUAUUCCUAUUAGCUUUCAACAAAACCAAAUGGGCAAUACCUCAGCACCAUGAUUCCUACUCACCGUAUGGCCAAGAAUCUUUGUGAAUCUAAAACAGCUAUCACAUUUUUGUAUAUAUCGGUUUUAUUUUGUUACCAGGACAUCUUUGUUUGUUCCUUAAACGUACUGUAUAGACACGAGUGUCUACAAGUCUUUAAA